UCUCUCUCUCUCUCACUUCCUCCAUCUCUUCUGACGUGAACGCGCAUUUCAGUCCUCGUGCCCACGAGCGCAACUUCACCGACUGCACCUUUUUUUCUCCUCCAGGUUUAUCAUUUGUUUUUAUUCAUUUCACUUUUUUUAUUCCACUCAUCCACACUAUGUGGAAAUCUGUGGUGGGUCAUAAUGUGAACGUGAAGGUGGUGUCUGAGGGAGACGACUGGGAAACGGAUCCAGACUUUGAGAACGAUGUGUCUGAGCAGGAGCAGAGAUGGGGAUCAAAAACCAUUGAAGGAUCAGGACGCAAAGAGGCCAUCAGUGUGGCUGAGCUCAGACAGAAGGUGUCUCAGGAGCAUGAAUUAGUGAAGAAGAAGGAGCAGGAGGAAGGUCCUAAAGCUUCGUAUGGAUAUGGCGGCAAAUUCGGUGUCGAGAAAGACAGGAUGGAUAAGGAUGCAGUGGGGCACAGCUACAUAGCACAGGUGGCUCAGCACUCGUCCCAAACGGACGCAGCGAAAGGUUUCGGAGGGAAAUUCGGUGUACAGAAAGACCGUAUAGACCAGUCUGCUUUGGGCUACGAGUAUAAAGGGCAAGUGGAGCAGCACGCCUCACAGAAAGAUUACUCUAAAGGCUUCGGAGGGAAGUUUGGAGUGCAGAAGGAGCGGGUGGAUAAAGCGGCUCUGGGGUACGAUUAUAAAGGAGAAACCGAGAAACACGAGUCACAGAAAGAUUACUCUAAAGGCUUCGGAGGGAAGUUUGGAGUGCAGAAGGAGCGAGUGGAUAAAGCGGCUCUGGGGUACGAUUAUAAAGGAGAAACCGAGAAACACGAGUCACAGAAAGAUUACUCUAAAGGCUUCGGAGGGAAGUAUGGAGUGCAGAAGGAGCGGGUGGAUAAAGCGGCUCUGGGGUACGAUUAUAAAGGAGAAACUGAGAAACACGAGUCACAGAAAGAUUACUCUAAAGGCUUCGGAGGGAAGUAUGGAGUGCAGAAGGAGCGAGUGGAUAAAGCGGCUCUGGGGUACGAUUAUAAAGGAGAAACCGAGAAACACGAGUCACAGAAAGACUACGCUAAAGGUUUUGGAGGACGCUACGGCGUACAGUCUGACCGUAUGGAUAAGAACGCAGCCUCCUUCAGCGACAUGGAGUCUCCCACCGCGUCCUACAAGAAAACUUCACCGCCCGAGGCCUCGAGCUCAGGAGCCGGAAGCCUGAAGUCCCGCUUUGAGAACAUGGCGAAGACAACAGAAGAAGAAAAUAGGAAGCGAGCGGAGGAAGAGCGAGUGAGGAGACAGGCUCGAGAAAAGAGAGAAAAAGAGGAGGCACAGAAAAGAGAAAAGGUGACCAGCCGUGAGUAUGAGGAGGAGGAACAGAGGCCUCCUGUCAUACCUGAACCUGUGAAAUUAUCACAGGACUUUAGACCACUUCCUGAAAUUCCCAGAGACUCUCCAGAUCCUGUACCCCAGGAGUAUGAUGAGGAGCCUGAGUAUGAUGAGCCCCCAUCACUGCCCCCUCGAUCUGAUGACCUGUUAGAGGAAGAUGACUCUGGUCCUCCUCCUCUUCCUCAAAGAGACAUUGAUGAAGGAGAAUACGAGGACAUAGGAUCAGCUCAUGUCACCGCUCGAUCUGAUGAAGUGUUAGAGGAAGAUGACUCUGGUCCUCCUCCUCUUCCUCAAAGAUACAUUGAUGAAGGAGAAUACGAGGACAUCGGAUCAGCUCAUGUCACCGAGGAAGAUGACUCUGGUCCUCCUCCUCUUCCUCACCGAAACAUUGAUGAAGGAGAAUACGAGGACAUAGGAUCAGCUCAUUUCGCCGUCGUUGAGAACGAUUAUGAAGCUAUAAACCCCAACAGCAAGUCAGCCAGGGCUCUGUAUGACUAUCAGGGCGAGGCUGAUGAUGAAAUCUCCUUCGUGCCUGAUGACAUCAUCACUAACAUUGAGAUGGUGGACGAGGGCUGGUGGAAGGGAAGCUGUCACGGAAACACCGGCCUUUUCCCAGCAUCCUUUGUGCAGCUUCUCUAGACAACAUCCUAAACAAUGCCCAGUGUUUCUCUAUGAAUGACAUCUUUCUCUAUUUGCUUUGUUACUGGUUGCCAGAUCUGCUAAAAUCCCUAAAGAAACCAUAAAAGUCCCCCUGUGUAUCUGCUGUCAGUCAGGUGUUGUGUUGGUGUGAUGCAGAUUGGGUGUAAACAGUUAUUAUUAUUAUUAUUAUUAUUAUUAUUAUUAUUAUUAUUUCCCCACAGACAGAGGUGUUAUAAAGUGUGUUCUGUGAACCA